ACUCACAGAUAAACAGCGCUUUACUACGCGCACAGUGGUGUCGAGCAGCACACAUGACUGACAACAGAAACCUCCCAAGAAACUAUGUAUGCAAACUGAGAGAGGACUCCACUACCAUAACCUCCACAACCAGAGAGAACACAUUCUCUUCUUCUAUCUUCUUCCUCUGUGGAGGAGGAUGGUUUUCUUUUGGUGAAAAGGUGAAGAAAAAAGCGGUCCCGCGGUAGCGUCGAAGAAGUUCGUUUAUGGAAAAAGAAACACACACACACACACACACACACACACACACACACACACACGCAACCCAAGAGGAGCAGAUCAUACGUUUUGUUUUUUUGGUGCACGAGGAGCCGUGUCUUUGUGGGAGCCAGACACACAGACUGAGAAGAGCCAUCCUCGGUUUACAGCUUUUGGUGUCUGUCUGUAAUAUCACUCCAGACCAAUAACAGUGUCCCGGAGAAAAGCCUCGGAGAGGACGGCCCAGCGCGGAGCAGUGUGGAGCUGCCGACUGAAUGCAGACGAAACGCUGAGCGCUGUCCUCCAGACCUCCAGACCUGCAGCUUCAGGGGACAUUGUCCGAUGUGUACCCAGCACUCCAAGCCCCUGGCCUGGCCGCGGGGAUGGCAGCGUCUGCCCUGAACCUGAACGGCCUUGGAGUCAUGAACAGCAGUAAUCAGUUUCACACCCUGCCAAGCUCCUCUAGUACCACCUCUCGAUCUAGAACCAGUCCAGUCGGUCGACCUGUGCUGCCGGUUCCAGAUCGGAGCGCCUACUGUCCGUUACUGGGUGGGGGAGCGCCGGGUGGAGGUCUCUACAGCCCAACCAGCCCGAAGACGAGCCGUCGGACCCCGGAUCGCACCGUUGUCUUCCCCCCUUCAUCCUCGCUCUCCCCCGGCCCCGGCCCCCACGCCCGCUCCCCCUCCCCGCGUAGCCCGGAGCUCCUAGGAGUCAAUGUGGGCCAGCGGGUCCGACGGCUGAGCUCGCCCGGCGGUGAGGAGAGAGGGGAAGGAGAGGGGCAGGAGGAGAGGGGAGGGGAGACGGCUGAAGGAGAGAGGAGGGAGGAAAGGAGACGCCAGGCACAGCUGCUGCAGAUACACCGAGAGCUGCAGAACGUUGAGGUCCGGGGAAAAGUGGGCAUUUAUGAGGCCCACAUUUCUGGAACUCGUGCCCAAGAACUCGUGCUAAACCCUGAGCUCCAGCGCAGCCCUCGCUCUCCAAGACGAUCGACCAGCCAAACCCCUGAAUGCCCAAUGGCCCACCCGCUAAAGAGUAAAGUUCUCUGCGUUGUCCAAAAUGGAAGAGAAAGGGAGGAAGAAACUAUAGAGGGAGAAAGGAGAGGAGGAGGAAGGAAACAAGACAAAAAGGACAACAGUGCUACAAAAACAAACGCAGAAAACAAGACACUGAUCGGUCAAAAUGGCUGCCAUUCAGAAACGACAAUGCAAACUCCCAGUUUAGACGGACCGUCUGUCGUUCAGGGUUUCCUUGAAACAUUAAACCCAGAUGCAACAACAGACAGAGAGAAAAAAGAGGGAGUAAAAGAGGGAGGGGAGGUGGAAAACAAACAGACGUUGGGAGACGAAAGAGAACGGACAGAGAGUGAAGUGAGAGAUGAGAGAGAGGGCCGGUCGUGUCUUGAGAUGCCGCUCCAGACAGAGGCAAACAUGUCGGAGGUUAACCCAGAAAUCAAUGCUUUUCCUCUGACACAAGGCAUGGAGAGCCCCCCUUGUUUGCCGGACGCUGAUCACACCUCAAACCACUCUCCUUGCAUCCCUCCCUCCAUCCCCGCAGUCAUCAUAACUGACCACGGUUUGGAAAGCCAGCCUCAAACUUCUGAAGGCCCUGGCUCAGACCAGGGAUUCGGCUGCAGCCCUAGCCCCGGUUCUAGCCCCGUCCCGGGUCCAAACUUCUCCACCCACUCCCUCAGGAAGCUGUCGUCCUCCUCCGCCUCCUCGGCCGGUUUCUCCUCGUCCUGGGAAGAGUCGGAGGAGGAUAUUUCCAGUGAUACCGAGAAAGGAGAGCAGCUUCUCAACCCUGCAGCCCUCACGUCUCAACAGAAAGCACACAAGUCUUGGAAGAAGAUUAAGAACAUGGUCCACUGGUCGCCGUUUGUCAUGUCCUUCAAGAAGAAAUAUCCCUGGAUACAACUGGCUGGGCAUGCAGGGAGCUUCAAGGCCGGAGCCAACGGACGCAUAUUAAAAAAACACUGUGAAUGUGAGCAGCGCUGUCUGUCCCUCCUCAUGAGGGACGUCCUGCGCCCGUACGUCCCUGGUUAUCAUGGAGACGUAGAGAAGGACGGCCAGAAAUACAACCAGAUGGAGGAUCUGCUGGCUGAGUUUGACUUCCCAUGUGUGAUGGACUGCAAGAUGGGAGUGAGGACCUACCUUGAGGAAGAGCUGACCAAGGCUCGUAAGAAACCCUCCCCGAGGCCUGACAUGUAUCAGAAAAUGGUGGAGGUGGAUCCUGCGGCGCCUACGCCAGAGGAAAUCCUCCAGAAAGCGGUGACCAAACCCAGAUACAUGCAGUGGAGAGAGACCAUCAGCUCAACAGCCACCCUGGGAUUCAGGAUAGAGGGAGUCAAGAAGGAGGACGGGACAGUGAACAGAGAUUUUAAGAAGACAAAGACAAGAGACCAAGUUACUGUAGCCUUCCAUGACUUUGUCAAAGGAAAUAAGGACGUACUGAACUGUUAUCUAAGCAGGCUGAGGGAAAUCAGAGACACUCUGGAGAUCUCCCCAUUCUUCAAAACCCACGAGGUGAUUGGCAGCUCUUUGUUAUUCGUUCACGACAGUAAGGGGAGGGCCAAAGUCUGGAUGAUUGACUUUGGGAAAACCACGCCUCUUUCUGACGGGGACGAACUAAACCACCGAGCAUCAUGGGUCGAGGGCAACAGAGAAGACGGUUACCUGUCUGGACUUGAUAGUUUGCUGGACAUCAUUUUAACCAUGGGGAACUCUGAGACUUGAAGUCGGAGGGUUAAAAAAGAAAAAAAAUCCCAAGUGAACAUUUGGACACACAACAACCACUUCCAUUCAUUCUUCCUUUCUCUCGGGAACACUUCCUCAAGGAUUCCUUCACAGACGUUUGUCCUCAUGUUGGAAACCACAUCAUCCCAUAACAGUGCGCAGCCAAAUCCAUUCAUGGAUGCAACCUGGCUAUUAAUAUUCUGUGGAUUUCAGGUUCUUUCUCUUUCCCGCUCAUUUACUACCUUUUUACUAAAGGAAAAACAGCAAAAUUGCUUCAUCCAAAUUGAAGUCUAAGGCUGGUGAUAUUUCAUAUUUUUGUUAUAAAACAAAUUCUAUGAAAAGACCAAAAACAGUGUGUUUGUUUGUCUCAAUAUUUAUCCAGCCCAUUUGUUUCUGCUGAAGAUGUGAAUUAUUUAAAGAUGGAUUAUGAAUAUAUAUAUUCAUAAUAUUUUCUAAAACAGCUGGGCACUGUAGUUUUGAGCAAACAUUACUCAAACGGGAGGAAAUAGUGUGUUUGUUUCAGGACUAUUUUCAGAAGCGGAUUAACACACGUUUGGUUGUGCUCGUGAACGUUUGGGAUCAUCUAAAAUAAUAUAUCAAACCCAACAGUGCCCAUGUAGAUUGUAAUGAAUGAACACCUAACAGUGUGGCUCAAAGAUGGAGCGUUAUGACUCACAGGAGUCAGCUAAAUCAGGCUUUAGAUACACACACGAUGGUUGCAGGAUGAAGUUAUUGCUGGUUUUGGUCUUUUUGUGGGAUUUGUUGACAUUAAAAUUAAAACGAUAAAGAAAAUAUCCCCAGAAUUAUCAUUUAAAGCCACUAUGUGUGGAAUUUUAACAUUUUUAUCUUUUGCACUCCUUGGUGAUAAAAAAAACAAACACUGUAAGGGCCUGAUCAGACAGAGGACGCUUUGCAGGUAGAAAACGUGGUAACGUUAGCCUAACACAAACCAUGAACUGUAUGCUAAUUAAUAGUUAUUAAGUUCAAAAAAUUUACAACAUCUUACCCAAAAUCUCAAGGACCGGGUAUCCAGCAAAAGUCACCACAGUGAGACAAAAAUGUCACUGACGUCCCGCUUCUCCGCUCUGAGUUGAAUAUUUUUCAACUCGAGGCCUUCGGGGCGCUCUUUUAAAAUAGAGAGUCGCAUAGAGCUGAAAAAAGCGAGGCAGCGUGCAGAGCGCUUCACUUUCAUUGAAAACACGCCGCCCCGUCUGCUAAAACGUGCUCUGUCUGUUCAGAGCCCGAAGACGCUGUGAUCACAUAAGAAUUGUACAAGUAGUGGCUUUAAAACAUGCACGUUAAAACGUCCAUAUUUGACUUUAAAUAUCUUGUUUAACAGUUAUACUCAUUUGUAACUUAGAUAUAGUCUAUCUCCAUUAAGUCUCAGCUAGAUUGCAUAUCUUCCUAAGUAUAUCUGAUCUCAAUUGUAUUGGAUUUUUUUGUGUUUUUGAUCAUAAUUUCAGCACAUUGCCCCUUUCUUUUAAAAUUAAUCUGCACUUGAUUCUAUUUUCACUGUUAGAGAUUGUACGGUUGAGUGUGCUUCACAGUGCAAAACAAAACUAGUCUAGCUGUUUAUAACCUCUAACCAUAGCCAUACUUAGAAUUCAGAUACUCUAAUUUGGUCAGUGAGGUUUUCAGUGGCAGCCAGGUUUCCUCCACAAUAACCUGGCAGUUAUGUGAGGCUAAAUGAUUCAGGUCAGAGUAGUUUCACUAUGUUAUGGAGGGCAUUGUUUUUAUGUAACAUAUUUACAGCCAAUGCCAGUCCAUGGUACUUGCCUGGACAAACACUUCCCACCCUUCUCACACCUUUGUUGGGAUUGUUCACAAUGUACAAUGAGAUUUAUUAUGUUUUGAUGUAGUUGUUUUGUAACAUUAUUUUAGCGUACUCAAAUCCUGUGGAACACUUACAGCCAUGAACAACCUUAUUUAAGCUAUACAGUGCCUUGACAUUACAAAGCCAAGUCAGACAACUGAAAAUAUGUUCUUAUUUGAAAUGUUACGGCGGACUUUUAUCCUAGUCUUAACUGUUUCAGUGCGUAGUCUCGGGUGCAUGUUUAUUAUCCUCUUAAAGUUUGGGCUUAAUUUGUAUUUCAUCCUGUUUUUAUUUAUAACAUUAUAUUAUGUUUGUUGUUUUUGUUAUUGGGAUACUGUGACAUUUUGAAUUGUGGGCUGUUGUGUUGCUUCGUCUUCAAGCAUGUGUUACAGUAUGAGUGAAAGUCAAACAACGUUGGAUGUCUAUAGAAAAGAUUGACGGCUGUUCAGAUAAUGAUACCCAUUUAUUUAAAUGGGGAAUACAAACGUUCAUUAAGAAAGUGAUUGGGAAGAGAAAGGAGGAACACAUAAUGUAACAGGUUCUUGAUGAACAAUAAAAACUAAAUAGUAUGUAGAAUCCACUCUACCAUAUAUUUAAAAAGCAAUGGUUUUCAUUUGAUGUGUGCAGUGACAGUAGACGCAGAAAGAGAUUAUAAUUCCAUGCAGUGCCUUCUUAAAUUAGUUCAACAUUUUGGGAAAUAUGUAUGCUUAUCAGCUUUUGUGCAUUAAACAAGAUGAUUGAAACCU